AUGAGCGACCAACAUACUCAAUCGCCGCUCUUCCUACCUCCAGAGCUCAUAUUCCAUGUGGCCCGGUGUCUCACGACUGCCCGCGAUCUCAAUGCAUUUUCCCGAGUCAGUAGAGCUUAUCAUGCAACUCUGAACCGUAUGGUAUACGCCAAUGAUGCGAAGCAUGAAAGGCCUUAUGCACUCUGCUGGGCGGCCAUCCACAAUCAGACAGAAACCGCCAACAAUGCGCUCGAGGCAAAGACAGAUCCACAGGUCACAGCCGACCUGUCGCGGCUUAGAGGGGCCACUCCGAUUUUGCUAGCUGCAUAUCACGGUUCAACCGAUGUUCUGGCUCUUCUCCUUGCCCGAAACGACGUCAAUCCUAAUGCCCGCGACCGCAUGAACAUCUGUCCGGCCAUUACCUGGGCUGUGAAAAGGGACCAAGCUUCAACUCUGCGCCUCUUGCUGAAAGAUGAGCGUGUCGAUGCCAAUCUCCAAAACAAGUAUGGAGAGACGGCGCUGAUGACUGCCGUUGUUAAACAGUCUGACUUGAUACCCGUACUGCUAGGGUGUGCCAGAGUCAAUCCUCGAGUGGCAGACACGAAUGGCCGCACCCCACUUUCUCGGGCUGCGCAGCAGCAGAAUCCGGAUACUCCUUUGAUUCUUGCCGCUCACUUGCGCCUCAUUCUGGACGGAUACGACGACCAAGAGCAUUGUCAGCAGGUCUUUUAUUGCGCCGCCAUCUUCGGCCAACUCGACAUCACCAAGCAUAUGGUCUCAUACUAUGGCGAGAAGUUGAACCCCAAUGGAGACGCGAGGGGCAUUGCAGGCACUGACUACGCUGUGCUCACGGUGGCGGUUGAGCGAAACCUCCAAGACAUUGCCCAGUUUCUCUUGAAAUGGGACAAGACCGACCCUAACCAACACGACACCUGGCAGCAGAGGACUCCCCUAUUCCGUGCGGCAAGCCAAGGUCUCGAGAAAAUGGUCUCCAUCCUCAAAGAGCAUGACCAGGUCGAUUUGAAUCGGAGCAACAUACAUGGCAUGGCGCCAUUGAUGGUUGCUAUUGAAGGAGGUCGUCUUGAGAUUGUUGAGCGUCUUCUUUCGGGCUCACGUUGCCCAGAUGUCAAUCUCACGGAUGAUACUGGGGCCACGGCACUGUGCCUUGCGGCAAUGCGUGGGGAGCCGAAGAUUGUUAAGAGGCUACUCGAGGUUGAUGGUAUUGAUGCAGGUCUUGCGGACGCACAAGGCCUGACACCUAAGCAGAUCGCAAUGGGGCAGAAUAACUCUGAGGUAGUCAAGAUCUUGGAGGACUUUUCAGUCUAG